AUGAAGGCUGCCUGGACAAAGAGACUGGGCAAUUUUAGAGAGUUAUUAAGAUUUAGAAUUUCUUCAGGAGAUACCAAUCUAAAACAACACUUAGCUACAGCCUCUUCAAGGGCAACGUAUAUAUUGAUAAAAUGUUGUGGUGACGAAAUAUUAGAAACCAUACUAAAUCAAUUUCGAGAGGCAAAAUAUUAUUUAGUGUUAUUUGAUGACACUACAGACGUUUUCCACACGAAACAACUUUCUUUAAAUUUGAGAUAUGUAUACAAAAACAACAUUUAUGAAAAUUUUGUCAAAUUUAUUGACGCAUAUGAAAAAAUUAAAACCGUCAAUCCAGAUAAUGAUACGCUUGGUGAACAGCGAUUAACUGGAGAGGCUCUAGGAAAAAUUGUUAUUAAUAUAUUGCAGAAACUGUCUCUAGAGUUAAGCAACUGUGUGGGAAUUGGUACUGACAGUUGCAGUGUAAUGUCGUCUGAAGCAGUGGGAGCAGUAUAUCAAAUACAGAAAAAAGCGAAAAAUGCAUUACACGUUGUUUGCAUCAGAAAUGCAGUUGGAGUAAUGAAGUCAGUAGUAUCCUUCUUUAAUAUGUCGGCUAAGAGAAAUCAAGUCUUGAAAUCAACAUUAGGACAUCAAUUAACGAGUCUAUGCAAAACAAGGUGGGUUGAGCGUCACGAAAAAGUAAUUCAAUUUCGAUCUGGGUUUUCUCAAAUAGUUGAAGCAUUUACAUUAAUUUCGGUAUGGAAAGAUGUAAAGACUUCUACAAUUGCAACAACUCUGCUAAACUCUUUGUGCACGACUGAGUUUUUGUUGUCAAUGUUUUCUCUCAUUGAUAUAUUAAAAAUAACACUUAGCCGACUUCUUCAAAUGCCAAAUCUUGACGCUAACGGGGCUUCUACAGCUGUGUCCAACACCAUGUCAACAAUCAAUGAAAAAAGAAAAAAUUGUGAGCAGAAUUUUGACAAAAUUUAUAAGAAGGCUACAGAAGUAGCAACAGGAUUAGAUAUUGAAAUAAAGCUGCCUAGAUUAGCAGGUAGGCAGACCAAACAAGAAAACUAUCCUGGAGGUAAAGAGGAAUAUUACAGAAGAUCAAUUUAUAUUCAUCUCUUCGACAAUGUAUCCAACGACUUGUCUUCUAGGUUACGUUUUAGUUCCUUAGAUUGUUUUGGUCUGCGAGAAAUCAUUCCUAGCAUACUAGCCGAGGCAAACAGAGAUAAUAAAACUAUUUUAAUUAAAAAUUAA